AUGGCUUCCGAUCACAGCUCAGUUGUUGUGCCUCCCAAGCGCGUGGCCUCUGACUAUCCUCUGAUUGAUUCCGACCCACACUUGCGCCGGGUAUUUGGAUAUGCUCGUCCUAACGACUAUGCGGUGGCCGGAGCCGCUGCUUCAGUCUCCCCCAUUGCCUUUUGGGUCAUGGAGCGAGUGAGCCCGUCGCAUGUCGGCCGCGGUGGCUUCUCUCCUGUCAUGCGCUUGGCGACUGCCAUUGGAUUCCUUGGUGGUCUUCACGUUCUGUACCAGCGCUCAUGCAACCGUUUCUAUGGAUUCACUGAGAACAGCCGUGAAGUGGAGAUGGAUAUGCGUGAGAUGGUGGACAAGGUCAAGAAGGGAGAGCCCCUGUACGGCACAUCUGGCAUGUCCUCUUACCUUCAGGGUGUGGCAGCUCGUAACUCGCGUUACUCUGGGCUGUUCCUCCACGUCCUACCCUGGUUCAACAUUGUCAACCACGACCAGCACGGUGUUGACACCGCCAAGUACUACCAGCAAGCGGAGCGGGAAUUGGAGGCUGAGCGUUUGGGCAGAGCUUGA